UCCACGUACUCCCAUCGUCUGUUGUUUCUUGUUUCUAACGCGAUCACAUUCUAAUAAAAAAGUUCACAGAUUAACGGAGUUUCUCAUAACAUCUUUCGGGUCGCCGUCUCCGUCAUCUUUGCGUGGCCAUGGCUCUGAUCACGAGGAACACCGCCUCACGCCUCCCUCUCCUACUCUCCGCAAACCGCGCUCUUUCUCUUCACACCACCACACCAUCUCUCUCUUCCACCUCCUCCUCAUCUGCGCCAACCACAUAUGCUCGCCCGCUGCCUCCGUCCGCUUCUGGCCCCGCUGGAGGGCUCUCGAAGACAGCGGAAUACGUGAUCUCGAAGGUGGAUGAUCUCAUGAACUGGGCUCGGCGCGGUUCAAUCUGGCCCAUGACCUUUGGUCUCGCCUGCUGCGCUGUAGAGAUGAUGCACACCGGCGCUGCACGCUACGAUUUUGAUCGAUUCGGUGUCAUUUUCAGGCCUAGUCCACGCCAAUCCGACUGUAUGAUUGUCGCCGGAACCCUCACUAACAAGAUGGCCCCUGCUCUUCGCAAGGUUUAUGACCAAAUGCCUGAGCCUAGGUGGGUCAUCUCUAUGGGAAGCUGUGCUAAUGGUGGUGGAUACUACCACUAUUCGUACUCUGUUGUCCGGGGUUGUGAUAGGAUUGUCCCUGUGGACAUCUAUGUUCCAGGUUGCCCACCAACUGCUGAGGCCUUGCUCUAUGGAGUUCUCCAGCUGCAGAAGAAGAUUAACAGGCGCAAAGAUUUUCUCCAUUGGUGGACCAAAUGAACAUGCAACUGCCUACUUGUGGGCAUUUUUGGCUUCACCAAUGUGAAAUAAUAAAGCCGACGUACUAUCUUUUGCAUUGUAAAAUGCAGUAUGAAAGGAGAGACUGUUUAAGUUGUUAUUUCCAUAUGAUUCUGAUGAUAAUGUACUACGAAGUCCCGAUGUGCCGCUCUGAUAAGUUAGGCCUUUUGUGACCUGAAGCUCUUGUAGUUGCUGCAAAUUACGUUUAACUUUCGUUUGUUUAAACUUGGAUGCCCAGGAAGUAUCAUCAAUUAUUAUUACUAGUCUUCAUCGGAAUUUGUGGAAAGAAAAGAUGCUCUUGCUCUGGUUUUACCUGGA